CAUAGCCAAGCGUGGGGUAGGGGGAUGUCAAGGCAAGUUUGAACCAUUCCCGACUUUGUCAGGUGUCAAUAAUGGUUGACGCCUGGGAAAGUAGUAUUGACACCUGAAAAAAUCGGCAGCCCCGUUUUGAAUGAUCAUCGGGCCCUUGAAGCCAUGCAGCAUAUAUAUAGGGCACCAUCCUUCCUCUUGAUGACAGAUGGAUUGUGAUUCAGUCUAUCAGCUUAACGAGUUCGCAGUCAUUACCACUCUUUGAAACAUCGCUCAGAUCUGAUUAUUCAUCUUUGCGGAAUUCCGUUCAAAUGGAGUGGGACCCGAACAACAUCUGCUGGUAUACUCCUCUGUAUAGGUUCGAUGACAUCCAGCCGUCCCCCUCUAUAACCGCCCAGAACGAGGUCCCUGGGAUUGGCAUGCUAUUCUCCGAGGAUGGUGAUCGCCCAGCACCCAACACCAAUUACUUGGCUUGGGACCCCUCCGUGCAGCUUCCAUCCCAUGUACUUCCCACCAUCCAGCCUGCCCAACAGCAAUCGAACCCUGACAGACAGCUCCGUUGCGAAUGGAAAGACUGUCGGUACUCCGGUACCUUCAGGCGCAAGGCUGAGCUGCUUCGUCAUGUCGAUACUAUCCAUGUCAAUCCACAGUCGUUCAAGUGUCAGAGGUGCGCGUCGACAUUUAAUAGGAAGUACAACCUGAAGGACCAUUCACGACGGGUACAUAAGACUGAGUGUUUGUGAUUUUUCACUAUGUUGUUUGUUUGAGGUUGGGGUCAAUCGCUUAUGG